UAUAGACAUAUUUAUUUAUUUCAUUUGAUUUCAAAAAAUUGUUAAGUCAUCUCACCCAUUUUUGCAUAAAUUUUAGCGUAGUUUAGUAUUUUUUGCUGCUCCAUGUUGUUAUUUCAUUUGGCAUAAUUUUAGCAUAAUUUUGCGGUCCUCCCUAGCAUAAUUUCAUUUUGAGCGCUGGCCACACUGACUAGUACCGGUAAACGGCAGCCGCUCGACUCUCUAGACUAUAGUCUAGAGUAUAGUCUAUCAUCAAUUUGGUUGGUGCAAGAAUUUGACGAAAAACGUUACUUAAAUAUAAACAGUGAUAGAAGUUGGAGCCUAGCAGUCUAACAGUUACAGCUGAUAAGUGAUAGAAGUUGGGAUAUUACAAUGCUUCAUCAUGGGGGAUGAGUGGAUCCAGAAGAUCUCUCGAAAGAGAAAUAUGCCUUAUUACUUCAACACGAGGACAGGAGUGACUCAAUGGAAUAAGCCGCCAGGACUGUCACAAAAGACACGUUAUGAUCAGAAUCUAGAGAGGAAAGAGUCCGGUGAAGAAAAAGAUGAGAGAAGCGCAAAGAAGGCGAAAGAAUUUUCGUCAGGGACAGGUACUGAGAGCAAGUCAUCUUCCAUCAAGGAUUCUGCUUCAGCUUCCAAGGCAAUACCUUCUGGAACUGACGCUGGUUCGUUGCCUGGGAACCAGCAGAGCCUACCAAGGGUGAUACUCCCAAGGAAGAGAAGGAAGAGGAAGAAACUGUCAUCGUCUUCAUCCGAAUAUCCGCAGGAGGAAUUCAAAGAAACUAAACGACCCGAGCCGGCAGAUAAGUGUAAUCUUUUGGCAGGGCCCCCGGCAAAACGUACCCAAGCCGUAAAACCUGUGAUGAAAGACACCAUUCGUCCCAAGGAUGUGAACAAACCUAGGGAAGAAUACCUAACUUUAAAGGAAACUAGUAGUGCUUCUCAUUCUUUGGAACAGACUUCACCAGAAUCUUUUUCUUUAAUGGAAGUUGACCUCCCUUUGAGAACGGAGGGGAAAGUUCUUGUGGUAGUGGACACCAAUGUGCUAAUCAACAGUGUUGACUAUCUCCAGCGUAUCAAGGGCAAAACUAUCAAAGAUUUAGGAGAUAUAAUGCUGACUAUUCCAUGGAUAGUAAUGGAAGAACUGGAUCAAUUGAAGGGUCCCAACUGCAUUGCAAUUACACCACUGUCUUCUGCCGUAAGAAAGGCCCUGGGUUUUCUGCAUAAAAACAGAACUGAUCCGAAUAUUAAAGGCCAAUCUUACAAUCAUUUUAUGAAGACAAGAAGAGGGAGAGAAGUGAAAGGAUCCAAUGAUGACAUGAUUCUUUAUUAUUGUUUGCAGUGCAAGAAAAAAUAUCCAGGAAACCUGGUGGUGUUGCUAAGUAAUGAUAAGAAUCUUUGCUUGAAGGCAUCGUUCAGUGGUGUGCCAUCUUCGGGAGACAAGGACUUCAGGAAUGAGAUCAGUAAACAGGCGAAUAGCCACGCCCGGCUCUCCAUCUCGUCCGACGACAAUGAGGUAUCCUCUCCUACCAAGGAUCAACCUUCCUCUGGGAGAUCUUCUCCAGAAGGGGCCAUUGCCUGUAUUUCUCCCAUAGAAUUCAAGGGUUCCGGACCAUUCCAAAGCAGCACAGGUAAAGACAGUGAAAGGAGAAUAGUAUCAUGGCCAACUCAGGAAAGUGAUGGGAAGAGAAGCACGCCUACUGUAAUGAAACAUCAGAGUAUUACCAACAGUCGCAAGACGUCUUCACCAAAACAAAGGACUGAUGUGGAGACUAAAUCAAAUAUUCAAAUUGGAGAAAACGAGGUGAAAAAACUGUCAACAUGUACUGGCCCUGUUAGAUCAGCAGAAACCAAUUUGGAAUUGAAAAAGGAGAAAUCAUGCAAGCAACUGAGCUCAGAGUCAGUCACAGAGAGGAAGAAGAAGGAGAAAGACUACACCAAAGACCUGAUGGGAUUUUUAAAGCUUAUGUUGGUUAUCAUAUUGAGGCAUGAGAUGAUGGAGAGCUACACUAAUCACUGGUUAGAUAUUGUACACAAGAAACCCCCUUGGUCUUUAAUAGAUGCUCUGCAAUGUAUUAAGAAACAUUAUGUAGCUGUUUUUGGACUACUGCUCGGGCGGCGAAAUGCAGAUGAAGUGGAUCGUCUUAUUGCUAUUGUGAAAAAUGUUCGAGAUGAUGAUGUUUUCUCUUCAAAACAGCUUGAGACAUUUUAUUUUGCCACCAAGGAGAUUUUGAUCCCACUAAAGAAAAAUGCAAAGUAUAAGGACAUUGCCACAAAGUGUGAAGAUGACAUUAAAAGGGUGUAUCAACAAUGUAAGCAGACCGUACAAGAUGCUACGCAAACCAGGAACAACACUGGUUUCCAGCGGGCCACAAAAACACCUCUGAGAAUAUCUUCAUCCUCUAUGCCUGUGGAAGAGAAAGAAAGUGUGCAGGAGAGUGAAGAAAUGUGCAUUUCACCACCAGCUACCACUUCUUCCAAUGGGCUUGAGACAGCAUUACUGAUUAAAAACCAGGAAGCUAGGGAGGAGAUUGAAGAGAGAAGGGAAGGUGAUGGUAUGGACCAUGUGACCUUCUGCGUUCUUUCUGUUUUUGAAGCCGUCUAUACUGUACUGAAAUACCAUAGGGAUGUGAUUGUAUGGUCAUUCAAGCACCUUGCCAGUGGGUGCCCUAUAGAGGGCCUCCCAACCAAAGAUGAAAGCCUUAACUACCUCUCGACAGCCCUGCCUCUUAUUGAGGUCAUUGUCCAAUCUCUUCAAAGAUUAAUAGGAAGCUGUAUCCCUGUUCCUGCAGUUCUUUGUGAAGAGGUCGUCCAUUCCUUGCAUGCCUAUGUGCAAGCCCUAAAGCUUGAUUUAGACAUCGGUGGAUUUCAUGCUGAAUUGUUCCAGCAGUUCAUCCUGUCCGAGGACAAUCGACAAAGAAUUGUGCGAGGGAGUCAACAAUAUUCAGAAGUUUUGCAGCAACUCCAUGAGUGUAGAGCAACAUUAAGUCAGUUUUGAAACAAACGGUUGCAGGGUGUCAGCAAAUCGUGUUAAAUAUUACAAAACGAAAAGAAAAAGAAUUGAUAGCAUAAUAUAAACAGAGGAUAAUUUGGAUCCUCCUUUUUACCACUUGCUGCAAUUUUGCAGAUGUAAAAAAUAUAUGAAAUACAGCAAUAUUACUGCCAUGCAAACUCAUACCCUGUUUGUAUCGGAUAUACUGUACCACAAAUUUUGUGGCUUCUUUGCAGACAAUUUGAUAAACAGUAAUGAUCGAUGCAUUGACUUUAUGUCAAAGAUGUUUUUGUAACAUGUAUUUCUGAUGCUUGUUACAGUGUGUGUGUGUGGGGGGGGGUAGCAAAUGAUUAUCCACUCCCCAUGAAACCUAUCACAUCAGACUUUAACAGUGUAUUUGAUAGAACAACUUGGUCCAUUUAAAGUAUUAAAGAGCAGUGCUUACAUCAAUUUCUAUGUGUUUACUGGAUUCAACUUUCCGUGGUAUCUUUUUCUUGUAGUAUUACUCUACUUAUUAAUUUAUUUUUAUUAUUUUUUCUUCUUAUCUAUGUCUUUC